AUGGUCAAGAAGAGCGACGACGCAGCAAGCACCAACGGCGCCAAGCCGAGCUGGGAGGAGAUCGCCGCGAAGAAGCGGCAGGCUCUGCUCGACUCCAUCCCCGCCGAAUGGCGCAUCCCGGCCAAUCUCGUCACGCCCGACACGCAGGACGACGUGACUGGGUGGCCGGAGGCGUCAGGCUGGUUCACGCCGCAGGAGCUAGCCAUUACCAACGCCACGGCCGCCGACCUGCUGCCGCAGCUGGCCUCUGGCCAGUUGAAAUCCCUCGACGUCACGAAGGCCUUUUGCAAACGGGCCUGCGCCGCGCAUCAGCUGACAAACUGCCUCUCCGACACGUGCUUCGAGCGCGCCCUGUCCACGGCGCGGCGGCUCGACGACCACCUCGCGCGGACGGGCAGGCCCGUCGGCCCCCUGCACGGCCUGCCCGUCUCGCUCAAGGACAACUUCAACCUCAAGGGCCUCGACGCCACCGUCGGCUUCGUCUCCCACGUCGGCGACCCGGCGCCCUACGACUCGGUCCUGGCCGAGGUGCUCGAGGCCGCGGGCGCCGUCUUCUACGUCAAGACCAACGUCCCCACGGCCAUGAUGAUCGCCGAGAGCGUCAACAACACGUUCGGCCGCACGACGCACCCCAAGAACCGCAAGCUGACGAGCGGCGGCAGCUCCGGCGGGGAGUCGGCGCUGCUGCUGUUCAAGGGCAGUCCGCUCGGCGUCGGGACUGAUAUCGGCGGCUCCCUCCGCAUCCCCGCCGCCUGCACCGGCAUCUUCACCCUCCGCCCCUCCUUCGGCCGCUUCCCGACCCUGCGCUGCCGCUCCGGCAUGCCGGGCCAGGAGGCCAUCCAGUCCGUCAACGGGCCCAUGGCCCGCACCCUGGCCGACAUCCAGCUCUACUCGGCCGCCGUCGUCGGCGCCGAGCCCUGGGCCCUCGACCCCAAGUGCCUGCCCAUCCCCUGGCGCGCGGUCGCCCUGCCGGCCCGCCUGCGCGUCGCCGUCAUGCGCCACGACGGCAUCGUCGUGCCCACGCCGCCCGUCGCCCGCGCCCUCGAGCACGUGGCGCAGCACCUCCGCACCGCCGGCCACGAGGUCGUCGAGUGGCAGGAGCCGGGGCUGCAGGCGCAGGGCGUGAGCCUGCUCGAGCGCAUGUUCGUCGCCGACGGCGGGCGCGCCAUCCGCCACGAGGUCGAGCGCGGCGGCGAGCCGUGGCGGCCCGAGAUGGCGGCCUACCAGGACGCGCGGGAGCUGGGCACCUGGGAGAUGUGGAAGCUGCACCUCGAGCGCACCGAGUUCCAGAAGAGGUACCUGGACCGGUGGAAUGAGGCCGGCAUCGACGCGAUACUGUGCCCGACCAUGCCGUUUAGCGCCGUGGAGAGCGGCAAGUUCAAGCACGUUGGGUAUACCGGCGUCUUCAACGUCUUGGACUACUCUUGUGUGUCCUUCCCGACCGGGCUGUAUGUCGACAGCGCCAUGGAUAAGGCUCUUGGAGAUGCGCACCGGCCGUUGAGUGAGGUCUGCGCAGCUAUUCACGGAGAAUAUAAUCCUGCCGCGGUGCACGGUAUGCCGAUCAGCCUGCAGCUCGUGGCUAGGCGGCUCGAGGAGGAGAAGGUGCUGGCAAUGACCAAGGCCGUUCUGGAUCUUGUGCAUUGA